AUGAUCUGCGAAUUCCUUUUCCCAUCCUCCAUCCUUGCCGUUAAGAUGAACCGCAAGACGCUGGUCAUCGUCCUCGAAAUAGAGAUCUGCAUAUACGACAUUUCGAACAUGCGGCUCAUGCGCGUUGUAGAGACCACACCGAACCCUGAAGGU